AUGAAGGGAAAUUUCUCAACCAUAAUCUACAUAAGUUUCUUCAAGAUCAUGGCAUCAUACGUCAACGCUCGUGUCCAUAUACUCCCUUACAAAAUGGGGUGGAUGAGUGCAAUAACCGACAUUUACUGGAAGUUGUUUGUGCCUUCGUCUAUGCCAACAUGCCUCGGUCAUUUUGGGGAGAGGCAAUCCUAUCUGCAGCUUACCUUAUCAAUCGGAUGCCCUCAAGUAUCUUAA